AUGUCCACUGCUGCUGGUGCCUUGGGCACAAUUCCUUCAGCAUAUCCCGGAACACUCAUUUCCAAUAUUCUCGCUGGUGUUCCUCUAUUGGCCGGCACGGCGCCAUUCUCCUCUAACCAUCCCAGCAGCGGGAUGCUGAAUGGUAUUCUGGCAAACGCUCGACACAGCAUGCUGGAAAUGCUCGACAAGACGCUCGCUCUAGUAUCAGUCUCCGAGCAAUGGAUGAAAAACAUCCCUGGCGUGCCCACAAAAAAGGAAGAGAUCGCUCAGUGCGCAGCCUUUCAGAAACAGGCCCUAAUCUCUUGCAGAAUGGCCAUGGAGAAUUCACGUCUGGCCAACAACGCCUUCAUGGACUUCAAUGGGUGUGCCAGAGAGGAAAUAAGUCGUCUUGAGGGCGAGAUUACUUUGCUGAAAGACAGAGCCUUGAGCGUAGAAGCUCAGUACAAUCAGGAGAUUAAGCAAAAGCGCCCACCUCAAUUCGCGGUGUUUCAAACCUUGGGACUUACUAAUGGCCCGAAAAUCGACACGCUUGAAACGCAAAGGGACUCUGAAAUAGUUAAACUCAGAAAUCAGAUCAUCAAACGCACUCAGGACUUGCAAAGCGGCAACCAAUUCAUGGCAAAUUCAGGGUUGUGGGUCGAACUCUGUGAGCGGACAAGUGGUUAUCUUGGGUCUAUUUACAACAUUCUCACAGUUAUUGGAUACGACAUUGAUACCGAUGCCGUUACAUUUACGGACCUGGUGAGCAUCCAGUGGGAUCAGAUUCGCAAGGAGGCUGAGGAGGUGAAGUCAUUUCUGCAGCCUAGUAAUGGUGCUACGGACAUGAUGGGUAUGAAUGUCGAAGUCACCGACAUGUAA